ACUUUGCACACUGUUCUUUACCGCCUUUUCCUUCGCCGUCGCCCCUCCUCUCUUCUCCGCUCCGUCGCUAGCGAUGAAGGUGCACAAACGACUCUACUCGGCGAUCCCUCGACCUCUCGCGGCGUCCUCGUCUGCUCAGCCUUCGGCACCGGUCGUGCGAGUCCGCUCAAAUUCAGCCUGCUCAUCUCGCUCACUCUAUACCGCAUCUCAAGCACCCCUUCCUUUUGCGUUCUUUGACACCCCGUCACCACCACCACCUAGCUCGAGACCGGGUCCGAGCAACUACGCUGUCUCAACCCGACUAGUUGCAGAAGUCAAGGAAGGGCACACCAACUCCGGGCAGUCAAACGCUCCGCAAGGUCACUCACAACAUUCGGGACCGCCUCCGUACCCUCUCGCAUUUUCUUCAGGCUCGUCACAGUCGUCUCUCAACAACAAUGCGUCGUAUUAUCCUCUUUUCUACCCGUAUACCUCCUUUGGCUCCUCUCCGCUCAACGCAUCUUUGGAAAGCGGGUCCGAGACGGCACACCCCUCAAAACGCCAGCGGACACGCUACCACCUCGACGUCGGCGCAUAUGGCAUCCCCAAACACUCGCGAGAUCCGCGGGCUGGCCGUGGUGGCCAUAUGAACAAACCGUUUACUUCGAGUGGCCCGUCACACGAAGGGAGCCAUGCCGUACAGGUGGGCGAGGAUGCGUACUUUAUUCGGGAGAAUGCGAUGGGCAUUGCAGAUGGCGUCGGUGGAUGGGCAAGGGCAAAGGGCAAAGGUAUGCCGUUACUCUGUCUCCACCAUCGCUAUCAUCCUCAGGGACGUCCAAAGCAGCUCGGGGCGAGGGUCCGAGUCCAAGUGCGCUAUUUGCGCAUCGACUUAUGGACUAUUGUUGCGAAGAGACUGCUUCAGGAAGACACUCACCAGACGCCUACGACUGCGGAGGAGUCCGAACACGGGCUGCUAUCGCAGGAGCUCGACGAUUCACUGGAAGAGCUCGCGGACGGACUUGACGUGCUCAUGGUCCUUGAACGAGCGUACGACAAGACGUUGCAUGCACAUGUUAUUCCACCCCCCGAUGCUGGAGACGAUGACCCUCCUAACGCGCGGUGGGAUGCAAAAUUCUCACGGCCAGGGACGAGCUCAGAGCAGGCGCCCUCGUCCAUGCCGCAUUCUGCGGCGCGCAGUGCAUCACCAAGUCAACGCUGUCACCCCUUGAACUCUACCGCAGCGCCAGUCCCCCUCUUGGAGGGCUCUUCGACCGCACUUCUCGCGAUUCUCGACCACUCGACCAAUCAAGCGCCGAAGCCGCGAAUACCAGUGCCGUUGCUUCCACACCAGCUUCGCCGCGCCGAGACCGUGCAUACGCCGACGAGUGACCGUGGUGCUGUGUUACGAGUUGCGCAUCUCGGCGACUGUAUGGCUAUGCUCAUCCGGGACGAUGCCAUCGUGUGGCGGACGGAGGAGAUGUGGUGGGAUUUCAAUACGCCUGUACAGCUCGGUCCAGCGUCAUCAACGCGUCCACGCGACGCACAAGUGUUCGCAAUCCCCGUUGAGACGGACGACAUCCUCGUCCUCGCGUCUGACGGCUUGAGUGAUAACCUCUGGGACGAGGACAUCCUCGACGAGGUCGUCCGUUUCCGGCGUUCCUUCAUGUCUGCACCACCACCUGCGUCAGCAAGUGGGGCCGCUAUGAAUAACGGACUGCUCCGCAGGAGCACGCUCGCGGGCAUGCUCAGCGAGGCGCUUUGUUCGCGUGCACGGUGCGUCUCAGAGCGCAAGGGCCUCCGACGUGCACCUGCCGCUGCAACGCGACCCGUGCCCAUCAACGCCGAGGAUGAGAUCCCAUUCGCGCGGCGAGCGCGGGAGCAGGGCAGGUGGUUUGACGGCGGGAAGCCAGAUGACAUCUGCGUUCUCGUUGCGGUCGUUUCGCCUUCUAAGUUGUCGCCAUAGACUCCCGCUCGUCCUCUACGCUACUGGACGACUGCAUCGACUACCGCGACGCAUACCCCAAGCCCGGACACUUCUGCCCCGUAUAACUCUGGCCGUUGUACACCACCAUCCAAAUAUUGUCUUUAUACAUAUACGUAUACAUACCGCCAUCCCCUCACAUCUGCUCCUUACAAGAUGAUUCCUCGCAUACACAUGUCCUCUGCAUUGUUUUCAUUUACAGAGCUAUCAACUGCAAAGUCCAUGCACCUCAUAUCUCAGUUUAUUGCAUUUUGUAUGCGUAGUACAAAUUCAUGAUGUUGAAACACAAGCGCUGCUUCCACGGACGAACGUCAAUGUCCGAUUGUGCAAAAGUAUGCGAUGCGAUAUCAUGCUGCAGGUAGUUACAUCCGAGGUCCAUCUGAGUCCGAGAGCAGGAACGUACAACCGAAUAAUACAUGCAGUGGGAGAUAUGAUACAGUAGCUAGAACCUAUUAUUAAGGUCACCGACGUAUGACUAAAAAUUUAAACAGCGUGAGCAGCCAAGGUGCGAACGAUAUGCGGCAGCGAAGCGAGUGUAGGGGGGCAGAUAGGACAGACUGAAACGAGAGCAAUUAAAGGCAGCAACGCAGAAGAUAGAAGUACAGCGAACCAGAGAAGCGAUGCAACGAGAACGAAGGCGAGAGAGCAGUGAUACAGACCGAGGCAAUGAGACGACGAGAUGAAUCCGUCAGGUCCAGGAUCGGAAGAGUACAAAGCUAUCGAUGCAGUUUGAAGGCGAGAACACGUAAAUGCGAGAUCAGCAGGCAGAUAGAAGCACGAGAAGCGAGUAGGGAACAGCAAAGACAGGUAUGAGAUAGCCAGCGGUGAGCGUGGAUCGGCCGUCCUGAGAGCGAUCAACAGUGUCAAGAGAAGGGACGUCUAGAGAAGGAUGGGCGACAUCUUGUGUUACAGUUCAGAGAAGAUGCGACGAUUAUGCAUGUUUGGGCGAGAAACCGUGAUAGGACCGGAACGAAUCGGGUCAAGCGAAAGCGCAGGUGGAGUGAGAAUCGCCGUGUUUGAGCAUCGAGGCUCAGGAGACGAGCUGGACUCCGGGAUGCGAAAGUUGAGCCGGAUGCGGGUGUAAGUGGGUCUAGUUGUCAGACCCCAAGGCUGCGCGCCACAGAGUUGAACUAGUCCUGGCUGGCGUGAAGAGCAGCCCUCCAUACAUUAUCCUCGACAUAGCAACUGCCUUCGCCAGGGAUAGUGCUUCCACCGUGACAGGCCGCCGCAUGCUUCCACCAGAAGAUCUCGGGUACCUACACGCACAGCAAGAGAAAGACGGGGUAAGCAUCCGCAUAUAAUCUUCCUUGUUAUUCCACACGGGGCCGAGUUUAGCUGCGCAAAGCCAGAACACACCUUAACUUCGACAUCCUUCACACCCUCGAUGUUAACCCAUUUUGAACACGAGUGACACCGGCCCUGGAGGAUACGCGUCUUUUCAUGCCUUCCUGCGUUCGGUCGUGUCAGUUGCUUAAAGGCGAUCGGUGGCGAGAAGGGUGUGCCCGCAGCGGAGAUGCCUGUAGGCAAAACGUAUGGCGUAGGGGAGAAAGUGGGAGCAACGCGAG